AGAUUUCAGAGGGAAGGGAUUGCUGUGAUAUCAGAACAAAAUGGGACUUUGCCACAGAGCCAGACCAGCCCACAAACACUGGUAACAGACUGAACUCGCAGGUUAAUUCCACUGUGGCAACACAUUGCUUACACCUCGACUGAUGGGCUUAUGUGGCACCGGACAACUCUGAUUUCUACUUUGCAAGAGUCUGAGAGGCAGUUUAUUCACCAUGAGCACAGAGACAGGCGAUCAAGCCAUCAUUGAUACCAACUACACUACAAUCCACACACUGGGCAGACAAAAUGAGGGCAGGCGGCUGCGCUACAUGCAGAAAGAUGGCAGGUUCCCAGUGGUUUUCCAGAAGGCCCCUGGAUACUGGACCCCAUACCUUAUGGACAUCUUUACCACUCUUGUGGAGAUCCGCUGGAGGGUGACGCUCCUGGGUUUUUCCCUGUCUUACAUUCUAUCUUGGCUUUUUUUCGGUCUCUGUUAUUGGCUCAUUGCGAAAGUACACGGUGAUAUUGACGACUUAUCCAACACACCCUGCGUGGACAACGUGCGUGGCUUUACUGGAGCCUUCAUGUUCUCAAUGGAGACCCAGGCAACGAUUGGCUACGGCUUCAGGGGGAUGACUGAGAACUGUAUGGUGGCCAUUAUUCUGGUGACAGUUCAAGAUGUAUUCAGCUGCCUCCUGGACACUAUUGUCAUUGGUAUUGUUGUUGCUAAAAUGGCCUCCGCUCGUAAGAGGGCUCAGACGGUUGGUUUCAGCAGCUGUGCAGUGGUCAACCUGCGGGACGGGGUUUUGUGUCUGUCAUGGCGACUUGGGGAUUUCAGGGGAAAUCACAUCCUGGAGGGUGUUGCCAAGGCCAUGUUAGUCCGCUAUUUGAAAAAACCAGGGGGGUCUGUUGUGAUGUCAUACCAGGAUGUGCCUCUCCAGAAUCGAGACAUUGUCCUCGCCACUCCAGCCAACAUUGUCCACAAGCUGGAACCUGGCAGUCCCCUCUACAGCAUGGGCCCUGACGACCUGCUCGUGGAAGACUUUGAGCUGGUGGUGUCUUUCACCUACAACGGUGACUCUACGGGUAUACUCCACCAGUCUCGAACCUCCUACACACCAGCAGACAUCCGCUGGGGCCAGCGUUUUCAGGACAUGCUGAAACAGGGCAAAAGGCACUACAAGGUUGACUAUGCUCAGUUCAAUGUGACCACAUGGGUUCCUGUGCCACUGCUCAGUGCAGAGGAGUUAGACAGGAGGGAACGUCCUGUAGAGGGCAGUCAGUCCCACGGUCCUCUCAUUGCAUUGGGCAAGAGGAACGGACACACUUGCAGAAGGAAUCCUCACAUCACUGGAGAGGUUAUGCAGCAAACCUGUUUGUGAUCAAAAAUAAGAUGAAUGGUGAUGGACAGUGUGAUGAGGUGUGCUCUUGUAAAUAGAUGUAUGUGUGAAUUUAUAAAUUUGGUUUUAAUCUGUUAAAGUCUGUUUUAAAUGUUGAGAUUAAUAAAAUUCAUUAACAUAAA